AUGAGCGACCAGCUGGCGAAGAUCGUCGCCAAGCUGCGCGCGGACGCGGGCAUGCCGCCCGUGGCCGAGCCGCCGUCGGACAGCGCCGCGGCCCCGGAGGCCCCGCUCCCGCCCAUCCCGAACGCGGACGACGACGCGGCCGCCGCCGCGGACGAGCCGUACAUGGACCCCAGCAACUUUGGCUACGAGUCCACCGCCGGCUGGCAGGUCCUGUCCGCCACGGAUGAGCUGCCCGAGAACGCGUCUGGCAACGUCGAGUUUCGUAUCGAGUGCGACAUGAACGGCUGCUCCAUCAUCGAGGUCAAGGGCGACGCCCCGCCCGGCCCCGGCGUGCGCCAGCGCUUCAUUCACGCCGGCCCCGGCUUCCGCGUCGGGUAUGACCCGGAGGCGCCCAAGGGCUUCUGCGGAAUGGUGGGCAACGAUCAGUGGUUGCUGGCGCUGAAUUACGAUGAGAUUCGCCACUUCAAGCGCCUGUGCUUGUCUCUGCAGAAAAAGAUGGACCGCAUCGGCCGCGGCGAGGAGGAUCCACCCAUGAAGAAGCCGGCUGUGAGGCGCAGUGGGGAUGGUAUGUUUAAUAUGCGGAUUGCUAGGGCGGGGCUGGACUGCUCCGUCGAGCUGGAGUCUAAGCUCGUGUGGGUGCAGGCCAUCGGACAGCCCGUGUCCGGGCAGUAUUGUAUUCGCGCGAUAUUUAUGGAGGGCAGGCAGAGCGAGGGCUUUUGGGCUCCGGAUACCGUCCCCAGUAUGCUCUCGUCGCUCAACAAGCUUGGAGUGGAAUAAAAAGGUAGCGUGUACUGUACUGUACUGUAGGUUGUCCGCUUUGACUGAU